CCCGGAAAAAAUUAUUUGUUGCUUAAUCCGAGUAUCCCCGACCAAUUAGAAAUGUUCGAACCCAACAAUGUAUCCGGUUUAAAACAUCCGGUCCGGUAUUAAACCCUUUAUGUCUCCGAAAUCUCUCACCUCCACCAAUUCCUCAUUUUCCCAAUCGCACUUCCUUUACCACUUCAGAUCAGACGUCAAUUUCUUCAACUCUCCACUGAAGAGAUUUCACCGAAAUUUCUACUCCGAUCGAUCAAUUAAAGAUUGAAAUGGAAGCUAAUUCCGGCGGAGGAGCUGAAGGCGGAAGAGCGGCAACCGGAGGAGGAGGAGGGAGCGAUGUGGAAUUGGUGAGCAAGACGUUGCAAGUGGAGCAUAAGCUUUUCUAUUUUGAUCUUAAGGAGAAUCCUCGUGGAAGGUAUCUAAAGAUAUCGGAGAAGACGUCGGCGACGAGGUCAACCAUCAUUGUUCCUUCCUCCGGCAUCUCUUGGUUCCUUGAUCUCUUCAAUUACUAUGUCAAUUCUGAGGAACACGAGCUUUUUAGCAAAGAAUUGCAGCUUGAUUCCAAGGUGUUUUACUUCGACAUUGGUGAGAACAGAAGAGGACGCUUCUUGAAGGUGUCAGAAGCAUCGGUUAGUAGAAAUCGAAGUACCAUUAUUGUUCCAGCUGGAAGCUCUCCUGAUGAAGGAUGGGCAGCUUUCAGGAAUAUAUUGGCUGAGAUUCAUGAAGCAUCAGGACUUUUUGUGAUGCCAAAUAAGAAACCUUCUGAUGGACAGGAACACUUGGUUGAUGAUGUUGGGGCUGGAUUUAUACCUGGCCAUGGUAGUCAGCAGCCAUCUUCUUCAGAACAUAAUGUGGAUCGAUCAGUUGACUCGCCAGGCCAGGAAGAAACUGUUUCUAAAGUAAUCAGAGCUGACCAGAAACGGUUCUUCUUUGAUCUUGGGAACAAUAACAGGGGCCAUUUCCUGAGGAUAUCUGAGGUAGCAGGUUCUGACAGGUCUUCCAUCAUUCUACCGUUAUCGGGUCUUAAGCAGUUUCACGAAGUAAUUGGUCACUUUGUGGAGAUCACCAAAGAUAAGAUUGAAGGUAUGACGGGUGCAAAUGUCAGGACAGUUGAUCCUCCUCAGAGAUGAGUAUUGAUUCUUUUUAGGGGAUGGGAUUUUCAAUCCUCUAACCAUUUGAAUCUGGCAACUUCAAGUAGAUUGUCUGAUCGCGGUGUGCAAUAGUUUCACGCAAUAUCUGGCCCCUUUCACAUCUUAUAAAAAUAAUCCAGCAGGAUCAUCAUUUAUCUUAAUAGUAGAUAAAACUUUGGAGUCUGCAACUGGGAAUAAGCUGAAAAUCAUCCACCAUUUGUAUACUUCUCUCUCUCCUUCUCCUCCUCAUUUGCUUCAGUACUGUUUAACUAUUUUUUUGUUUUUCUUUUGUUCAGUUUGGGUCAUUGGGUGUAUAUCUGUUGACGGCUUGAUGCAUUUCAAUUGUAAAAGAAUAAUUGGGGUUUAUAUGUUUGGGCUAAUGCCACUGGGAAUAAAAAUGUAAGUGUACUUAGGGUUCUACUA